AUGGCUGCAGAAGAUUGGAAGAAUGGUACCUACAGCUUUACUCCUACUUGUGAAGUAAGCAGCGAUGAGAUGCGCAAGCAGCCUUUGGCCAAUGCUGCUGGUUAUAUGGGACUCUUCACUGCCAAUGCUGAUGAAGCAAAGUCUCAUUGCACUUGGACUUUGCAGAAUGUGGAAAGCCAGAAGGGACAAUCUUGUGAGCACUGA